AUGGCGGCAGAAGUCAAAAUGUGCAAAUUGAAAGAAGAUUUAAAGAAACAAGCAGAGAAAGAAAUGAACGUUAAAAUUCGGAGCAAGCCGGUUCCGAAAAACACUCGUCUGCCGCUGUACGAGAAAAUGGUGGAAGAGGGUAAGAAAAGGAAAGCCCAGAGGAAGGAAAUAGGUAUGGAAGUGAGUCGCAACAACAUUCCACGUGGAGCGAUGUCCGGUUCCACGGAUACGAUGGCCGAAGAAAAACAAAAAACUUUCAAAGCGAAACCGGUACCCAGGCAUAUUUUGAGCGACAAAGUAUCGGAAAAACUCAAAAAUAAAGAAGAGUUGAGAAAAAUGCUGAUAGCCCAGAGGGCAGAAGAAAUAUUGAUGUCGGCUCGAUCCCCUUUUUCCGAGAGACCUCGAAGAACCCGUUCUGAGGUCGAUUUGACCGAUGUCGUUUGUAAACACGAUUCCAGAACUUCCAGGGAGAAUAUCUCUGCCAUUACAGACAGACUGUACGUUAAAAAGUGCAGGGAAGCGAUGGACGACUGGAACAAAAAGGUCCUGGACUUUGACCGAAAGGAAGAAUCGGGGAAUAAAUCCAAAACGUCCCUUCCGCUCUCCACGUUGCCAUUUUCUUUCUUCCCCAUUCGAAUGUCCCAUGCCGCAAUGUCCAGAGAGAAACAAAUUAGGGAAGAGAUACUGGCACGAAAAAGGAGAGAAGAGGCUCUGGGCGAUUCGGAAGAGGACUUGGUGCGGAAAAGGAAGGAGGCCUUGAGAUCGAUUCUGCCACGUCUCAAGAGUCUGCUGCCGGUCUUCGAUUCUCAGAGGGAGAUUGAAGACAAAGUGAAGAAUUUCAGGGCCACACAGACCCACAGGCAACGAGAAUACGAGAAAGAACUGGAAGAAAUCAUGAUGCGGGUUUCCAAACAGCUCUUGUUGAUUGAGAGACAAUCAAAGGCUUUCGAGGGACAGACGGAAUAUUUCGAGGGACAGACGGAAAGAGCGAUAUAUCCGAAUGAGAGGUAUAACGAGGGGCUAUUGAACGUAAAUAACAAAAUAUAUGACUUAGUUUUAAAGUAAAAAUUUAUUUCUUUGUUGUAGUUAAAUAAUGUUCUAAAAUUUCAAAAAUAAGUUACAUAUUAUGACUAAUUUUGUUUUUUUUAUAUAUGUCCCUUUUUCUCCCCCAAACCAAUAUUAUGCUAGACUAGAGCUAAGGAAGCUGUGCUAGCCUUGGCUUGAAACCUAAUUCCACAUAUGUU